AUGACACAAACUUUGCGACCAUUCAUGGGUAAAUUCCUCGUUGUCUACUUUGAUGACAUUUUCGUGUACAGUAAAACUAGGGAACAACAUAGAGAUCAUCUCACACAGGUUUGUUCUACCCUUCGUGCUACAAAUCUGUAUGCUAAUUUGAAGAAAUGUUAUUUCUUCGCAAAUAAAGUUGUAUUUCUAGGUUUUAUUGUCUCCCCGAUAGGAGUGUCUGCUGACCCUGCAGAGAUUCAGGCUAUUGUUGGUUGGCCUGAGCCUAAGAAUAUACAUGACGUUCGGAGUUUUCAUGGUUUAGCUACCUUUUAUCGUCGUUUCAUUAAAGGGUUUAGCACGAUCAUGGCCCAUAUUAUGGAGUGCAUGAAAAGAGGAGAAUUUUAUAGGUCGCACAAAGCGGCCAAAGCAUUUAAGUUAGUUAAGAGGCGAAUGACAGAAGCUCCAGUCAUGCAACUUCUCGAUUUUUUCAAAGUUUUUGAGGUAGAAUGUGAUGCCUCUGGGGUAGGGAUAGGUGGAGCUUUGAGCCAAGAGGGCCACCCUAUUGCUUAUUUCAGUGAGAAAUUAAAUGAUGCCAAAUGA